AUGUCUUCGUUGGGGGAUCAUGAGAGCAAUCAACGGACUUUCCGGGCUACAACAAUUGCCAUGGCGGUCUUGGCGGUUGUUUUCACAGCUCUCAGGUUCCUUGCGCGGUGGAAAAAGGGCCUAAGACCUGGGGUCGACGACUAUAUCCUUGUGGUAGCGUUGCUCCUUCUUUUCGUACUCACUGGACUGAUGCUUGCAUUGAUUUAUUUUGGUAUGGGUAUCCACGCUGCCCUGCUCCCAGUACAGAAGGUUAUGAUGAUCGGGAAGUUGCUCAUAGCCUUUGAAUGCAUAUAUGUCACAGCGGUCGCGUGGACGAAGAUUUCGAUCUUGCUCAUGUAUGCCCGCAUAUUUCCGACCAAGGGAUUCCGUCUGGCAUCCAUCAUCUUGGGGGUGAUAUCUAUAUCCUGGGCCAUCUCCAUCAUUUGUGUUAGCGUGUUUCAAUGCACGCCCGUUCCCCGAGCGUGGAACCCCACAGUUCCUGGUACCUGCAUUAACCUCAAGGGCUCCUUCAUCGGCAAUGCAGUACCGAACAUCGUCACUGAUAUCGCGAUUUUGUCGUUGCCUGUACGUGCAGUGUGGGGUCUGCAUGCGAAUCUUGUGCAUCGACUGUCGGUCAUUGGAAUGUUCCUUCUAGGAAGCUUUGUUAUCUUCACCAGUAUCUAUCGCUUUACCACGCUCUUCCAAUUCGACCCCAAGGAUGUUCCUUGGACACUGGGUAACGCUUGCACAUGGUGUACCGUCGAGACCUCUUCUGGCAUCAUUUCAGCAUGCAUGCCGACCCUCCGGCCUAUAUUCAAGAUCGUUUCUUCCAAGUUUGGAAGCAGUGCUGAAACAAGAGAUACAAGGGGUGCGGACUCAAAGAUUUCCGAGGGAUAUGGGAUCGGCACUUCAGCUUUGAGACCAGGUAAUGAGAUUCUCUCUAGCACCAAAGUUCAACUUUCGGUCUCUCAUGCCGACGAUGGAUCCGAAGAUGAGAUACCAUUGAACUCGAUUCGGGUGCAACGGCAUAUGACAUGGCAUGAAAGCAGCCAAGACCCCUCUCAUCAUUGGUGA